UGUUUUAUAUCAGCUGUGAAAUUAAAUUUCGCGCGAAAUAAGCAAAUCAAAACAGAAAUGUCACAGUUGGGUGUCCUCUUGGUGGCAGAAUCAUAGUAGGUUACAUUUUACCCGAAAAGAAGGUUAAUAAGGCGAAAAUGACGAUUCUGAUUGGGAAGAUGACGACGAGGAGGAAGAAGCCAGCCGGAGUUUCUGGAUAUGAAAGAGAUGGACAGCGUUAGUUCUGGAGGACAUAUGUUUGAUUCCUCCGUACCGUCCCGAAACGAAGUUGAUUUCCUGGACAGCUGCGCUCUGGUGAGAGAUGCAGAGUAAUGGGCCGGUUCAGUCUGAAGGACCCAUGGUGGGAGGCUACCUGCACAGCCCGUGCAGCCAGGGGCAAGCUGGUGCUGCAGGGCUACCCUGCCUACCGCCUUCGCUCAGACCUCCAGGUGGACCAGGGUCGCUCCAUCCUGMCUCUGUUCCURACAGCCUGUGGCGUGGAUGCACAGUUUGUCACCCCGUUCUUCGAUUGGCUGCCGAUAGGAAGGAAGGUGGAGUUUGCUAACUUGCAGGAAGUUCUGUCUGAGUUUGAGGAAGGAGAGCAGCACAGAGCUUUGGCACAGCAGAUUAAAGCCCUGGUCUCUGUUUCAGUUGCAGGGAUGCGCGUCACGGCUGCCUCUCUGUACCCCAAUGUGAUGAGAUACCUGCCUACCCUACUGCCAGGGCGCUUCACAGAGCUACUGGGCCGGGGAAAGAAAAGCCAGAAACGUGGAAGAGUUCACACCAUGGAAGGAUCUCAGCUUGAGCCUCGAGACGGACUACCGUCAACUCCUUGUUCAUAUACCUAG